AGAAAUGGCAUGAAAAUAGAACCAAAACUGAUACCAAACGGAGCUUAACGAUUCUGUUCCUUCUUGGUCUGAGUUAGGGCCGGGGGAAGGUGGAGGAAGCCGCAGUCCGGCAUCGAACUCUUGCAAUCAGGGGGAGGAAGAUUCUGUUGCAGAAAAUUGUUUUCCUAAAAAGUCAAAUUCUAUGCCGAUUGGGAUGAUUUUUGGAGGUAAUAACCCACCUUGGGGAGAAAGGCAACUCUGGAGAUUAAAGACAGAAGGUGACUUUCAGUCGAUUUGAUUAACGAUUGACAUGGGUUUUUGGUUCAACCCACCAUUCUUGAGAACCUCAUAAAAAAGUCUCUCCACUCAAGAAAUAAUGCUCACUUUUCGGACUAUUUUUUCAUACCACUCCCGUCAGACUCGAUCUCUACUUCAGAGGUUACAUCCAUUGAUUAGUGUUCGGUCCUGCAAAUAUUCCUCAUCAUCAAAAUACAGUAAGGAAAGACCGGAAAUCCAUCAUCUUCUUUCUGUAGAUGCACAUACUUCUCCUUCAUGGGCUACUUAUAUCAUUCCAGCUGCGGUGAUGGGUUUUGUUGGGUUAGCAGCCUUUGUUCAUUAUAAUGAUGAGAGAAGAGCUGUCUUAAAAGGACAGGGAAACACAUCUGUAAACGUAGUUAAAGGACCAGUUAUUGGGGGCCCUUUUUCUCUUAUUGAUACAGAGAAACGAAUUGUAACUGAGAAAGAUCUUCGUGGGAAUUGGACUCUCCUCUACUUUGGCUACACGUCGUCUCCUGAUGUUGUGCCAGAGCAACUCCAGAUUAUAUCCAAGGCUAUAGACAUAUUAGAGUCUAGACAUAACCUCAAGGUUCUACCUGUAUUUGCGACAAUUGAUCCACAGCGGGAUAACCCGUCACAUCUUCGUGCUUACCUUAAAGAGUUUGAUCCAAGAAUUAUAGGAUUGACUGGGCCAGUUGCAGCAGUAAGGCAAAUGGCACAGGAAUACCGUGUUUACUUUAAGAAGAUUGAAGAGGAAGGCAAUGAUUAUCUUAUCGAUUCUUCACACAAAAUGUAUUUGUUGAGUCCAAACCUGGAGGUUCUGAGAUGCUUUGGAAUCGAGUAUAAUGCUGAAGACCUACCACAAGCCAUACUGAAUGCACUUCAGAAAACUCCUUAAUAACGACCUACAGGUCUUCAAGUUCUCUCCUAUGCGUUCCUAUUUGUUCCAAGUUUCUUUCUAGUCAUCGAGUGAAAGUAUUUGAGAUGUUGGGCUUAACUUUAGUACCUGAAUUUCAAACCUUUAGAAGUCCAUUAGUACUUAGUAAUAUAAUAGUGUAAACAGAAAAGACAAUUUUUUGUUCAAUUGUUUCAACUUUAUAACUUGGGUUGAGAUGAAUCAUAUAGCAUCACUACAAUCCGCUGAACUCCCCAGCUUGCUUGCUUCAGUUAUCUGAUAAAGUUUUAUUCGGCUGGGAUGAGAUGCAAAAGCUACAUAACAUUUCAGAGAAAGAUGCAAACAAAGCUUCAUCUUCUGUGUCCCCUUUUCUUCAUUACAUAAAUGUGCACCCCAUUAUCACGAAGAUAAGGGGGAAUGACACACAGCAAGGGCAUGUUGUCCAAAAUAACUUCUAUUUUGAAAUAGGUUUGAUUAUGAUUUUAUGAUUUAGAGAUGGUGAUUGACUGCAGUCUUGAACC